AUGGCUUCGUCGAUGGAAGGUCUUGUAGCCCCAGCAAAAUUCACUGCUAGGCUAGGGGCCGACAACGAACCUGAAUGGAAGUCUUUUAAGCAACGGUUCGAGAUUUAUUUACUUGCUUCUGAGAAGGACAAUAAACCUGAAGAGACUAAGGUGGCCCUACUUUUAAACAUUGGAGGUGAAGAACUUCUACAGAUUUACAACUCUUUCGAAUUUCCAGUCCCAGCAACCGGUAACCCUAAUCCAGCCAAUGUGUUGAAGGAUGUUUUGGCGAAAUUUGACGUCUAUUUUUCUCCGCGCAAGAAUGAACUUGUAGCAAGGUACAAGUUUCGAAGAUGUAUGCAGGAAACAAACGAAACAUUGGAAGCCUAUGUUACCAGAUUGAAGAUUCUUGUGAAGGACUGCAACUAUGGUAACCAACGAGACAAGCAGCUGAGGGACCAAGUGGUGUUUAGAUGCACUGAGGACAAUCUUCAUCAGAAGUUAUUUCAAGUUGAAGACCUUACCCUUGAAAAGACAUUGGAUUUGUGUGUGGCCUUUCAAGCAAGCAAAAGGCAGAUGGACGUCAUCAAGUCUACUCCUUGCCAGACCAAUGACAGUGUGGCCAAAGUGAGAAAAAAGCCUAGAAGGCAGAAGACUACUGGUAGCAGACAUGACACAGACCAUGAUGGUAGGCCUAGGCAUGAAAAUAAAGAAGGUAGGCUUAAGUCCAGUAGACCCAGUAUUCCUACAAAUAAGUUGCACCCUUGCAAAUUUUGUGGAGGAAAACAUGAAUGGCGUAAGGAAAAGUGUCCAGCUCAUGGUAAGAAAUGUAUAAAAUGUGGUAAAUAUAAUCAUUAUGCUGUUAAAUGUAAAAGUAGAAAAAUAAAUAGUGUAUCAGGUAAUGACAAUGACUUUGAUGUGAGUAGUUCAGAUGAAUCUGAAUGUGAAUAUUUGCUUAAAGUGUCUAGUAAAAAGGAUAAGCUAAUUGAAGCUGAUUUUGAAGUUAAUGGUAAAGUAAUCAAAUUUCAAGUAGAUUGUGGAGCUACCGUAAAUGUAAUUCCUCAAUAUUUAAUUCCUAAUGUCAAUUUAAAGCCUUGUGACACUACCCUAGAAGUGUGGACUUUAGACACAGUCAGGCCUAAGGGAAAGUGCAGGUUAGUAAUUAGAAAUUGUAAGAAUAGGAAGAAAUAUAACCUUGAAUUUUUGGUUGUUGAUUGUAAAUACACUCCAUUAUUAAGUAAAAGAACAUCAGAGCAAAUGGGACUUAUUACAGUUAAUUAUGAAAAUAUUUCUGCAACUAAAGAUGUACUUGAUAAAUAUGACACUGUAUUUAAUACUGGUGUGGGUACAUUCCAAAAUGUUGGUAGACUAACCAUUGACACAAAUGCAGAACCAGUAGUGAUUCCUAAAUGCAGAGUUCCAAUUAACCUUAAAAACAGAGUAUGUAAGAUAAUAAAUGAAAUGGAAAAACAUAAAAUAAUAGCUAAAGUUGACCAACCUACUGACUGGGUAAGUCGGAUGGUUGUAGCUGAAAAGAAAAAUAAGGAUUCAAGAAUUUGUAUUGAUCCACAAGCUUUAAACAAGUCUCUGAAAAGGGAACAUCAUCCCAUCCCUGUAAUUGAUGAUAUUCUACCCCAACUGUCAAAGGCAAAGGUUUUUUCAUCUUUUGAUUUGGCCAAUGGGUAUUGGCAUUGUGUUCUUGAUGAAAAAUCUAGUUUUUUAACCACUUUCCAAACCCGUUUUGGUCGCUACAGACUAUCAUUCGGUUUAAAUGUUAGUGGUGAGAUUUUCCAAAAACAGUUACUCUUGAAUCUUGAGAAUCUUGAUGGUGUUGUAUGUAUUGCUGACGAUGUUUUAAUUUAUGGUGUAGGUGAAACGUAUGAGGAAGCUGUUAGAGACCAUGAUAGUAAGAUAAUAAAUUUUUGGAAAGGUGCCAGGCUAAGGGUAUAA